UUUUAGCUCCUAUUUAAAGUUAUGAACGUUGCUACUCUUUGGGAGGGAGUGUCCCUGAGGGGCCAGCGUGUCUAGAGGAAGGCCCUGGAAACUCUGAACAGCACAGUGCAACGUCACUUCUCCUGUCUCCACACUGAGCUGCGUCUGACAUAGGUUGGUUUGAAUUUUUUCUGGGUCACACGGCCAAACCAUACGCUGCUUAAAAUACAGUGUGUGUGGUUUUGGUGACUCGCAGCCAAUUCCUCUUUUCCUAAGAAGCUGUGAGUUUCUGUGCCUGACUGUUCUCAGUGAGCACAGAGCAACUGAAGGGAAAGCAAGACAGAGGGAGUCUCGCUCCUGAGGAGCUCCGAUUCACAUCCUCGGUUCACGUCCCCGAGGGGCGCCAGGAGCCUCGACCAGGUCCAACAGCUGCCCCCCAAAUGGACUCCCACAAUAUGUCCUGGAUUCGGUACCCAAGCCAUGUGUCCCCAGCAGUGGAAGAUGUCAUUGCUGCACAAAGUGUCAUCUCCAGGUGCAUGCAUGUGUAUGUUGCUCUGCUUGUACCUCUGAGCUUGGUGACGGGGCUCUUCAACCUGAUCACUUUCAUUCGAAACCAUGGCAAGCUGGUGGCCCUGGAUAUGCUGCUCUCAGGCCUCACGGUCACAAGUAUCCUGGUGACACUGCUGUCACUCAAUGCUGCCAGCAGGCCUGACUACAUACUCACAACCAACCUGCACUGUGGGGUCCUCUCCUUCUUCUCCAAUAUGUGCUAUUUCAAUGCCCAGUACCUGCAGGUGGCCAUGCUUGUCCUGUUUCUAUUGCCGGGUUCCUCGAGCUACCUGCUCACAGGGGCCCAGGGCACCUGGAGGCCUCUGGCAGGCCUGGCUGCCAUUUGGGGCUGCGCUGUCUGCAGCUCUCUGGUUGUGGUAUCCCUGCUGGGUACAUCCAGAGAGCUGCACCAAACCACCCUGUGCCAGGCGGACCCCCUGACGGCCUGGCCUGAGUAUGAAAUUGUUAAGUUCAGCCUGGGCUUUGGGCUUGCCCUCGUUCUCAAGCUGGUUCUCCUCCUCCUGCUCUCUGCUAAACCAGCCUGGCGGACAGCUCUCACCCGGAGGGACACCGCCUCUGCACGCUGGGUGGUACUGGCCAUCACUCUGAACAUGUUUGCCUGCCGACUCUUCUCCAGCACAGUGCUCCUCCAACGGGCCAGGCGGAAGAUGCAGAGGGACAUAGGCUCCCCGCGGGAUGAGCUGCUCAUGAACCUGGCAGAACUGGUCCUGUCUGGGGAGAGCUGUGUGAACUCCCUGUUUACCCUGGUCUUCCACAAGCCCUGCAAGCUCAUGCUGCUGGACGCCCUAGGGCACCUCACACAGAGGUGCAGAAGAGGAGGCACCAACAACAGCGUCUCCUAGAACAGGACAGGGGCUGCCUGAUCCUGCCUUCUGGCAUGAGCCACAGGGAAAGCAGCAGAGCCUUCUUGGUGUUUAAAAUACCCGUUUGCUGAAAUAGGCCCUCCUGGGAAGAGCCAGUGGGGAUGACACAAGUGUUGCGAGAGUGCUUACUAAAAAUGAGCACUCUGGCAUUCAACUCCAUCUAUGCAGAGGCACCAUGGUUUCUUGACCCACGCCAACAAUCACAACUCAAGGGACCCUGCACAUCGAGGACACAGUGACGUGAGCGUGGAGACUGGCCACAGACGCAUCUCCAUCUGGCUGAAGUGCUCUGUGAUGGGGACUAAGCAAUGUUUGUCUACUGGUUGGCAUCUUUUUUUUUUUUAAUCUUUAUUUUUAUUUUUUUAUGUGGUGCUGAGGAUGGAACCCAGUGCCUCAUGCAUGCUAGGCGAGCACCUACCACUGAGCCACAACCCCAGCUGGUUGGCAUCUUUCUCUACCCCAACCAAAAGACAAAAUGGGAAUCUUAAAAAUAAAAGUAUUUUUCAAAUAACUUUACAGUCAUAUUAUGAUCUGGUCCGAAUCAUUGCUGUGGUCAGCUUUCAACACUGCCAGGAAGUCUGAGCAACAGAAAUCUUGCCAAGAACAAAAAAGGUUAGUUUUAAAACUGCCAUCACCACGGAAGCUCUGGGAGUAUCCCCUCAAGCUGAAACACCAGGACAACUGCUUUACAUCAUGAUGUUGAGCUGUCCUGCUCCUUGGAACCUAAGGGCUGCCUAGGUCCAGCGGGUCUGGUAGGCCAGGGGAGAGUCCCAAGGGUUCCACCUGCUAUCUGCACAGGGACUGGUAACCCACAAAAUACAGAAACACAAGGCAGAGAUGUUUGUCUUACUUCAGGUUGACAUCCUUCAUUCUUGCUGGAAUUCUCUCUGGUUUUAUGAAAUCUAUACCUUUGAUUUUAAUGAAUAAUUUAAUGUUAGUCUGUGAACCAAAGAACAAAAGCGGGUCUGUGGGGUUUUUUCUCAGUGUUUACAUAUCUGCAUGAUUUCUUUAGAAGAAAAAGGAUUUGUAUCUUAUGCAGCUGAGUAGCUUCUGGGACACAAUAUUAAAAUUUCUCAGUGCUUAA